AUGGCCCCCAACCAGCGCAUUGUUUCCUCCGGCUCUCGCCCCCAGAAGGGCUUCGUCAGCACCAUCUACGAUGAGGCCACCAACCCCGAGAACAAGACCAUUGUCCGCAGCAUCGUGAUCUUCGGCGCCGGUAUUGCCUUCCUCCAUUCCAGCUUCGGAGAGUUCCUCCUUCCUCCGUAA